AAUGUUUAGUGUAGCAGAAGGAAUCAUAUGUUUAUUCGUCAAGAUAAGUCUGUGUUAAUGUAACUCCCACUAAAUUAUUAAAGUUUUGGUUUAAAUUAUACAUCAAAAUUUGCUUGCAUAUUCAAUUUAUUGAAUACUAAUAGAGUUUAUUAGUAUUUACCAUCUCGAAUACUUGUCCACGUUGACCUAGCCUAACUACUGGAGGCUGUAAGAUACACACCCUUAAAAGUUUUGAAUGAGUAGCUAUGGUGUUGCAUGAUAACUGAAUACCAUGGAUUCUGAACCCGAAAGUCCAGAAAAUGGUACAUUGUCAGAAGAAAUUGCCAAUUUACCGCAAUCACUGGCAUUUACCGUCCAUUUUGACAACGUCAAACCUGCUGGUGAAACAACGAAUAAAUUUGCAAGAAGACAUAUCAGAAAUUUAUCUCUGCCUAUUUCAAAAGUUUAUGAAAACAAGGUAAACAAUGACAGUCCUGUGAAUGGAAGAGCCACUCGUAAAGCUGGAAACCAUUCAGAAGGAUAUUUCUCCAGCGAUCCUGAAGAUGAUUCUAAACCAAAGCUGUUCGAGAUGAAGUUGAAACACACUGAUGGUAAAGGUGGCAAGUCGACCAAUGCGGCGCAGGAGAGACGAGGAGAGGCGGAGGUGAUGGUGGGGGCCGGGGAGGAGCAGGAUGACGACACAAGCUCCGACGUAGUCAGUGAGACCGGCACCUACACCAUUGACAAGGACAGCCCCGAGGUGACUACGGCUAGGAACAACAUCGACACUGUCUUCGGAGUGCAGAGUCAGACGGUGGAGGUGAAGAAAAACCAGGUCAAUUCCACUCACACCAAAUCUACCAAGGUCACGCAAUGGUUAGAGCACUCUACCAUCACAACAAAAACAGACACAACGAGUAUCAACCUGAGCAAGAUCCCGUCCCCAGUCAACAUGAGGUCUCGGCUGCCACUGGUGGCUCCUGUGAAGGAACAUGAGCCUCUCAGGUCCUGUCUCAACCGCAAGUCGUACCCGGCCGCAGCUCAGGAGCUGACAACGCCGGAGCCGGAGAGAGACAAGUGGGCCAAGGAGACUGAACGGACAAUCUCAGUGUUACAAGCCAGAGUAUCGCAGUCACUGGACUCUGGUGGUGAGAGUGACGCCGAGAACAGCUUGCAUCAUGUAGCGGAACGGAGAGACUCCGGGGGAGGUCUGCGGUACAACAGGAGUGUCAGUUUACGAAGAGAAAGGCUACAAGAGCCCAAGAAAAAUAGUACAUCCUCUUUGGUUACAAACAAAACUAAAGAUGUUCCUGCCAAAGCGAUUCCUCCGAGAGUGGUGAAGCGAAUGUCAGAUCCACCGCCCAGCUCGGCUCCUGUGUCUACCUUUGCUCGGACCGACUGUGGCCGCUUUAGUAUGAGAUCUCCUCGACCACUCCAUCAGGCCCCUGUAACAGCUCCGACCAUCAAGAAAGAACCCGUUAGGAAGCUAAGCAUUGGGGGAGGUAGAAGCAACUCAACCUUGUCUUCCAAGGAAAAGGAAUACCAGAAUUGGAAGAAACGCAAAAGCUACGAUCCGAUGAAAGCGGCUGCCGAGGGUAAGAAGAAGGAAGCAGCGAAAAAACAGGUUCCAUCAGCCAUGACUCAGUCUACCAACUCUACCAUCACGACACCUAAGAGUCCUGUGAACCCCGUGCUGAGAUCCGCUUCCUUCCACGGCACUCACCAGUUGACAGCCUCGUCUUCGGAGGAGGAAGAAGAAGAAAUCACACUUUCCAACGAAGAUGAAGACUGGCCAGUACUACAGGUUCCAAGGAGUUCCUUAGAGAACACUCCUCAAGGCAGCCGUGUCUCCUUGUACAGCAACACUUCCAACUCCCCCACCCCUCCGUUACGCAAUAGGCCCAAACUUGAGGUGACAAAACCAGUAUUUAUAAAAGUGAAGGGUCGAGCUGACAGUGAGGGUGUUGACACACUGGUGAUCAGCGCGCUGGCUGGACUCUCUAGCAAACUCAAGGGCAACUCUUGCAGCUUACUCAACAAGCUAAGGUUCCUGUAUGAUGAGGACAGUCCCAAGAACCAUCAGUUGAGUGCCAUGAUUGACCAGCUAGAGGCCAGUGAGCCAGGGUCGCCUCAAGUCAAGAGUCCGUCCCGGGAACUGGCCACCACCCUCAGGAAUCUUAAGAGGCUGGAAUCCAUGCUCAAAGUAUUGGACAAUGUACUCUUCGACGAAGAAGAAUUUCAGUAAUGACUGUUGUUGUUCAACAACAUAUUUUACGUUCAUAACGGAAGUCAUUUUAAGCGAAUUAAAGCCUAAGUAUUUUAUAUUCGGUGUACAGACGAAGAAACGAUUGUUUUUAUGUUUUAUUAGCUUUAAGUUACCUACUUUCGUACUGUGAAGUUUGAUUUGUUAAGUUUCAAGCUUUAUGUAAAUACAUAAGGGGCAUGUACUAAAGUCUUUAACUGUGAAUAUGUAGGAUAAGUCGCUGAAUGUGAUUUUUGUACAUGAACAGGUAAGUUAUGAUAUAGAACUGUUUGUAUUUAAAUAGCUUAAUGUUAACGUUAUUGAAAUCAAAGUCUGUUAGUGAUACGUGUGCUACGUUACAAUCCUUCCAUUUCACCUGUACAGUAUUAGGUGGUCGCAGUUUUGUUUGCUCAGGCUAUUCAAUACAUCGUUCUUUUUAAUCAAUAUAAUUUUAACAUCACAGCUUUAAAGUCGAAAAUUGGAUUGAUAUUUCAUUUACAACCUUCACCAGUUCAACCACUUAAAUAAAUGUCAUAAUAUGUUUGUUAAUAUGAAGCUCUUAAAGAGAAGCAUGAUUGAGUUAUGCCAAGUACCUUAAUUAUUAGAAAAGGCUAAAUAGUAAAUAUAUUGAGUUAUUCCAAAUACAGGUAAAUAAGACCUAAAUAACCUGAAUAUUUUUCCAUAAGCUUUAAUUCCUUGUUACUAAGAAAUUUAUUCAUUUUACAAGUCUCCUAAAACUUGCAUUGUCGGUCUUAUGAGUGUUUUUUACUUAAUAGAUCAUAUUCUUACCACAAUCCCGAAUAUAUUAGCUUUAAAUGUAGUGACAGGGCAUUGAAAUUGAAAACUUAGUCAAUUGCAGUUUUAUUUUUGCACAAAGUUUUGUGAUUUUCGAUUUUGGCGUAGCCCAAUGGCACAAAAGUUUACUUAGCAUAUUUCUUAAUAUGAAAUUUUUAAUUUUUUUCCCACAAUGUGUGUGUAUAGGCCUACUUAAGUUGAAAUUUAAAUAUUUUUUAUGUAACCUAACUAAACUACGCAAUAGAGCCUGAAUGGAGAUGAAGUCAUUGGUACGUAGUAUACUAUUUAUUGUAGUAUAUUAUCAUCAACUUUAUAAAAACCUUUUUUCCUCCUCAUAGUUUUACUGUUGUAAAUCGGAUGUCUUUUAGACCAAGCAGUAUAUUUCAUAACAAAUAUAUAAAUCCUGUAAUAUAUUAAACCCUGCAACAAUUAUUUAACUAAAUUACGGCUUUGAGUGUUGAAAUUUAUUUUUUUAAUAAAACUUAAAAUAUAAACAGUAAUUGUUCGUAAAUCAAAGUGUACGUAAAAUUAAUGGUCCUUUGUAAUCCAUAGGGGCUUUUAUGUAUGGUGUAUGUUAGGCUAAGGAAACUUGUGUUCUAAAACUGCCAUUUACACAUGAUUUAAAGAAGUACCUUUGCGAUUUACUAGUGAAGAAUAGAUAAUUUGGUAAAAUCUUUCUAAAUUAUUAUUAUGUUUAUCACAAAAUCCAAAAUCAACAUGUAAAAAGUAUUUGUUAUAUUUUAUUUUAUAUACAUCUUAUUACUUAAUAACAUUAUGAGUCCCUUAAAAAAUAAAUAUGUUAUAAAUUCGUAAUUUAAUUGUCCAAACAAAUAAUCCUUGAAGGUUUAUAUUCCAGAUUUGUAGUCAGAAGAUGGAUUUCUCUAAAGAUAUAUUUAGUCAUGUUUGGUUUUAAAUUUAGGAUCUCAUUUGGUAUGUACCAAUCCAUUAAAAUGGUGCUAAAGAUUGACUUAAAUAGUUAAAUAUUUCAUUUUUCCAGGUAUUUCUUGUGUUAAGAUAAAUAUGCAGUAAUCAAGAUUGUUUUUAGAUGCCUAUUUUUGACUACAAGACAAAAAAAAACUUACCAACUAUUCUAAAAUUAUUUCCCUUGAAAUAGUUUUCUCUAUUGUGUGAUAAUCACAGCUUUUUGCUCUGCAACGUUACCCAAAAUAUCACAUUUACGUUACUCAUUUGUAAGCAUUAAAUUGUAAAUAUUGUUAGUUUUUUUUAUUUAGUGGGUAGUUAAUUUUGUUUUUGGUGCAAUACAUAUCGCUUUUUCUCAAUUAAAUGUAAGUAAGUGAUAUUUAUGUUUAUUUAGAAUAAUGUAAGCUAGUGGUGUUUUUUAUAAAACAUUGCGAGUGAAUCAAAUUUGUUACAAGACUUGAAUUUUUAAUUGAACUUUUAACGCUGGUAGUUUUUUAAUCUUUUACUUUUUUACACUGUUUUAAUGAUACAAAGUUUAAGUUUCAAACUUCUAGUGAUAUAAGCUGCUUUCCUCUGUAAAUCUUUGUGCCAAUGUAAUUGCAUUUCAAAUUCUGACAACCUUAGAGAAUUUUUUAUCAUGAAAAAAUGAGUUUUGUGAGAAUCUUUUUCUGUCAAGGCAUCGUUAAUUAAUUACUGAAGUCAAUUUUAUUGUUUAGAAAAGAAUUUUAUUAGAACGUUUAGUGUAAAUCAAGGUUGUGAUAAUAUAAGCUUAGCCUGUUCAUUUUUAAGUGAAAAAUCGUUUAGAAUCAGGUUUUAAUAGAUUAUUACUUUUCCAUUCUUCUUUAUAGCUACUAUGAUUUUCCAAAAAUGCUCAUCUUGAUUUACUUUAGGACUACUGAACAGACCAUUCUAUUGUCAGUAAAUUAAGUACCCUCUAUUUAUGGUGCCAAAAGUAGCUUAAUGUAGGAAAGCAUAAAUGUCGAAGUUAAUGUCUGGUAUCACUUGUUACUCAAGUUCAAUAGCAGAAUGAAAUGUUUGUAAGACAAAUAUAGUAUUUUACAGCCUU